AUGACUGAUGUCAUCCUUGGCAUCGCGAGAUCCAUGCAGGGCGAGCACCUCAAGGCCGGUCGAACUCAUGUCAUCGUGCUGUCUCCUGCAGCCCAUGUCUUGCACGAUGUAUCGAAGUCCUUUCCAGAUUUCUACAUUCACCGCAUCAAUCCUGCGCUGCUCCCAUAUCGCCGCGAACCAGAGUUCCAGGAUACCAUCUGUCUUAAAGACUGCUGCAAGAACGUUUUCGCCAGCAACUGGUCCAAGUACCAAUCCACGUCCGGUCGUAUCAAGCGUAUCUUGAAGAAUGCUCGGUCUGAGAAGCCUGUUGGCGAACUGUUUGACUUUACGGUCGAACUCCGGACUAAGGCAGGUUGUGAGAUUCUCUUUGUCUGUGGGGACAAGGAGAUUCGCCGAUUGUUUCCAGGACAAGUGCACACCCUCUUCGUCUGGGUCCGCAUCAACAAGGCUGAGACUCAGGGCGUUAACCUCAACUCUGACAACCCCAUUCUCAACUCAUGCCUUGACGCCAACGGACUGAGACAGGAGCUGCAGAACUGUGUCCGUGCAGGUGCCACCAAGGUAAACCCUCUUGAAGUGCAGCUACUGCAUCGCAGCUCACUUCACCCGACGCGAUCUUGGAUGUACACGGAGGCUCAGCUCAUCCUCACUCGCGAGCUUGGCGGGCUGGCACCUCUCCUGGAUACAUCCAUGGAGUUUUUCAAGCGUCAGCUUUUCUGCAACCUCUCUCGAGUGUCGGCGGACGAAGCUAAAGUUGUGGCUGAAGCGACUCUUAACACCCUCCCCAAGGAUCAUGAACAAGCAAAGAUGCUGCUGGAGAGCAUGUCGCAGGAGAUCGAGCUUCACUUAGCGAUCCGCAAGUAUGAGAAGGAAUUCCGACAGAGGCUCCCGCUGUGCCCCGGUCCCACCGACGUCGAAGCAUCUCACAAGUGGCUUCACGAGUUGUGGGCUCGUAGGAGGAACAAGCGCAGCGGCUCAGACGUGGCCUGA